CGGCCCUCGGCUUGAGGGCGAAGGCAACUACAAAUCCCUGCACCGCCCGCGGCCUUGGAACCCAGCCCCUGACGGACUACAGCUCCCGGCUGAACCCGGAUUCCCAGGGCCCAUGCUUACACCUGACAAACGAUGGCCUGAGCUAUGAACAAACAGGACUAUAUGAACACUUCGGUGCAAGAGCCCCCUCUUGACUACUCCUUCCGAAGCAUCCACGUGACCCAAGAUCUGUUAAGCGAGGAGCCACGGACAGGGCUACGACCACUAAGGCACGCAAAGUCAGGGAAGUCAAUGUCUCAGUCCCUGUGGCUGAACAACAAUGUCCUCAAUGACCUGAGAGACUUCAACCAUGUGGUUUCACAGCUUCUGGAGCAUCCGGAGAACCUGGCCUGGAUUGACCUGUCCUUCAACGACCUGACUUCCAUUGACCCUGUCCUGACAACUUUCUUCAACUUGAGUGUGCUCUACCUCCAUGGCAACAGCAUCCAGCGCCUUGGAGAGGUGAACAAGCUGGCUGUCCUCCCUCGGCUCCGCAGCCUGACACUCCAUGGGAACCCCAUAGAGGAAGAGAAGGGGUAUAGGCAAUAUGUGCUGUGCACCCUGCCCCGUAUCACCACGUUCGACUUCAGUGGGGUCACCAAGGCAGACCGCACAACAGCUGAAGUGUGGAAACGCAUGAACAUCAAACCCAAGAAGGUCUGGAUCAAGCACAACGCACUCUGAGGUUCCUGGGACCCCAGCAGUCCUAAAGGCCCGGGGAUGGUCAGUUUGGUUUGACAAUAAAUGAUUUGAGCUGUUCAGCAGA